AUGGCGAUGAUCGAGAAGUGGAAAUUUCUUCCGGAGGGGAUUCUGAUGGACAUCCUCACAUGGUUACCAGUUAAGUCCGUCUUGCGAUUCAGUAUCAUCCUUUCAAAACAAGAACCAACUUUAUACUAUUCAGAUGAACCUUAUACUGCUUCAUUCCCUUCGCUUGAUUACAACAUUUCCACUUCUACAUUUGAUAUGUCUGUUGAAUAUCACUGUCCAUUUCACUACUGGAAAUGUUAUAUUCGUAUCCUUGGAAUUUGUAAUGGAUUGUUUUGCCUCCGGUCUGAUCCUGAACUGUUAUUGGUUUCUGUUCCAACACAUGGGUUUGGUUACGGUCGCAAGACCGGGGAUUACAAAGUAGUCAAAAUUAUUACUGCUGGGAGUGAUAGGUUUUCUCAAGUUAGAGUAUAUACUCUAGGAACAGGUUCAUUGAGAGCACUCGAGAAUAUUCUUUAUGUGUUUUAUCUACCUGGAAGAGCAAAUGGAGUUCUUCAUUGGCUGGUACAUCCCUGCAACAGAGGUAAAAACACUGUUAGAGUUAUACUUUCUUUCGAUGUCGGGGAUGAGAAAUUCAAGGAAAUGCAACUACCUAUACCUCUGUGUGGUGCACCUGAAGGUGAUAAGUAUUACAAGACAUCUAUUGGCUUGUUGGAUGGUAAACUUUGCUUAUCUUGGUACGUUGGUGAUGGGAACGUAGAUGUAUGGAUUAUGCAGAAUUAUGGUGUAAUAGAAUCUUGGACUAAAAUUUUCAGCGUUAGCAGGCUAAAAGAAGAUAUCGACUUUGUGAGGCCUGUGCAAUCUUUCAAGAACGGUGAUAUCUUAUUAUUUGGUCAGCCUUUAAAUCGUUUUAACCCGCAUAAUGGGGAUUUAUUCUUGUAUAACCCAAUGAAUGGAAAUGCUAGGUUUUUGGAUACAAGCAGUUAUCAGACACUGGAGAAGGUGCACACUUAUGUUGGUAGUCUGGUUUCGGUUAAAUCUAUUUGUGAUGCAGGAGAAGAAGUUGUAGUCUUGUAG